AUGCCUUUUCCCACUCUGUCCCAAUUGGCAGCUAAAUCAGUUGCUCAAGGAAUUCAUGAUGAGUCUAUCUCGCUUGUUUCCACUUUGGACACAAAAUCCAGCAACGCAAUUGUUCGAGAAUUUUUGAAACUUAAUGAGUUUAACGUCGAAAAGCUGGAAGUAUUCAAAAAUCAGUUAUCCGUCACAGAAAUUGAUUUUCGACGUUGGGAGAUCGACGCAAGAGCAGUUAGAAAUUUGUCGAAUUUCAAUUUGGUGUCUUUAGAUUUUGGAGAGUUGACUCAAUUGAGGGACAAUUUUCCCGGUGAUCCUUGGGAUGUCGGAACACUUGAUAUUGUGUCCUUAUUAAUUCAAUCGACGAAUAAUUAUUCGAGAAACGCAAUGAUUCAUUUGGGUUUGUCUGCAGAACAGGAAUUUAUUACAGGAUGGGAGACAGAGGUUUCCGAAUUUUUUCCAAACCUCCAAAGCAUAGAUAUCAGCUGCAAAAAAUUUGACGAGCGAUUCCAAUUCUCAAAUUUUUGCGCUUUCUUCCCGAACCUUCUUGUUCUGGACAUCUCCGAUCCACUGGGUCUAUUAUGUCUUCAGGGAAUCAAAAAUCUCAAAAAUCUACAAAAACUCACAAUGCACUUUGUGGAAUUCGAUGAUAUCAAUGGAUAUAAAGAGUUAUCUGAGUUAAAGAAUCUCAAAUAUUUGGAUGUGGCGAGUACCAGCUUCAACUGGGACGAGAAGACACAUCCAAUCAGAGGCAUGUUGGCAGCUGGAGUUCGUAUGGAAGCUUUGGAAUUUUUGGAUUGCUCAGGGAUAUCUGUCACUGAACAAGAGUUGGAAACAUUUGCGAAAAAUCAUUCAUCAUUGAAAACUAUUGCCGCGAUGUGCACCGCUUGCAACCAUACUACAAUUUCCGGACUCAAAAUGCUCAAUAUGUCUUCAAUGAGUUCAUUCUCAGAAAGUCUGGAAUAUGCUCUUUUGACCGAACGGGAUGAGCUCGCGCUCCAAUUUAUCAGAGAGAUUCUUGAAAAUCUAAAAACUAGUCGUGGACAUUUGGUCAACGCUGAGCUUCGUCACAUCACAAGUGCAGUACUAUUUGUGUUACGGGAGUCAUUUGAUCAGAACACCAAGUUUUGGACACUGAAUUGUUAUUUAGAAUCUCGGCUUUUUGAACAUGAACUCUCAGUUUCACUGUUCUCUGCCGACAUUCCUGACAUGAUUGAACUAUUCUACAACGUCUUCAAUGAGAAUUCCUCAACUUCACGUAAAAAAGAAACUGCUGGACACAUAUUCCGAAUGUUUGAAGCUACCGUAAACGCUGUGCGUCCAGGAAUAUUGAUUCCCGAGAGAGUUUUGAGUUUUGUAUUCGACAAGACUAUUGAUUUGGUUCGUCAGUUUCCGGAGCAUCAAACUCAGGGGUCUCGAAUUAUCCGUCGAGCUGUAGAAUGGAUGAGUUGGGAGCAAAUUCUAACAAUGUGCGGAAAUUUCGAGUUUUUCUCAAAAGUAAAAGUGUUUAUGAAUUCCACCUGA